AUGACGACAUCAUCUCCGGCUCCGGCACCGGCACCGACAAAGCGCGAGAUCCAAUCCGGCGAGGGGUCCGGGGUCGCUUGUGACGCAAAGAAGAAGCGGGGAAAGUGGGGAGUACCUCCGAUCUGGAUCCAGCCGCGGGGCCGUGCCGACGUGGGGAGCUUUGGACUCGCAAGGAGGGUGGGCGUGGCCGGCGUCACGGCCAGCUCCGGGCGGGCGCGGGCUGCGCCGCGGCGAGCUGCGGGCGGGUGCGGUGGCGGCGCGACCAGCUGUGGGUGGGCGACGAUGGGGAGGCGGACGGAGGAAUCACAGGAGCGGUUUCCUUUUGUGCGGCGUGCACUCGCGGUGAUCGCAGGGGAAGGCAGACCGAGGGAGCGACGGCCUAGCAGCCUGGUGGAGAUUGUCCCUCGGCCCCUCAGCGGCACUGCGGCAGGUUACACGACCUGGGUUCAUCAUGGAGAAAUGUAUGACAGUCCACCAUUAGCAUUUGUUGACGUUCCAAAUAACACUACAAAUUUGGCUACUUCGGGUGUCCCAAGGGCUGCUGCAGUACAAGAUGUCAUGCAAGAACUACUUCAAGCUGCCUUUUGCAGGGCUGAAAUGUUCGAGUCAGUACCAAGUAUGUCUGAAGGUGAAGUAGAUGAUGUUGAAUCAGGAUUUGCAGAUAUGGAACAUUCUGUAGCUGAGGAUGAGCAUCCUGCAGAUGACAAUGCUAAGGGGAGUGAACAGAAUCUGUAUGAAAGAUACUUGAAGGAUGCACACACAAGCUUAUAUCCUGGGUGUAAAUUUUCUAAGUUGUCAUUUUUGGUCAACUUAUAUCACUUAAAGUGCUUAAAUGGCUGGACACAAGAAUCAUUUACAACACUUCUGGGUGUGCUAGCUGAUUCAUAUCCUCCUGAGGCAGACCUACCUAAGACAUAUUAUCUCAAGUGA